UCCACUAACCUGAUCUAUUCUGGCAAGGCCGCAAGGUCUAGCCACUGAAGGCUUGGCUCUCCAAGCUAUGAUGGGUAAGGGAUAGGCUUCAGGGUGGUUCGUGGAAGUUCUAACCCAGUUUAGAUUCCAGAUUUCCAAAACGCGUGCUUUCGUCCCUUCGUUUUUCGCAUCAGCAGACAAUCUAGCCGGUUUCGCGAGGGCCAGAUCGAGCCGUGCGAAGGCUCACCGCACAAGACGAGCGAUAACUGCACGACGAAAGAUCACCUCGAGAUCACCUCGCUAUCACCUCGCGAUCACCGACAUAUUUUUACAGCCAGCCAUCGGCUAUUUUUUCCCGGCAUGAAUUCCUACGGCAUGCCUCCAGGAGGCGGGCCUACGAGCGGCCCUGGCGGUGGUAACCCGCUCGGUAACAUGGUCGGCGGGAGGAGACGAGAGGUCUGGCGGAUCGUCAGCGAUCCGAACAUCCACCUCGGUAGAGUCACAAAUUCUGACGUAUACUCGCAACCCAAGGGAAUCCCGGACGGGAUGCCGAAUUACCCCGGAGGACCCAUGGGUUCAGGCGGCAGCUCCGGGAUUCCCGGGAUGGCGAUGCGCGGCUUAGGCGGUCCCUCUCAGGAGCAGAUCCCGCCUGGAUACUACCGACCCGCUGGCGGCGGCGGCGGAGGAGGGGGAGGGGGGGCAGCAUAUGGGCGGAUGAACAGUGCGUAUGGGCGUGGGGACGCGGGAGGAAGAGGGAGCGCCAGCGGAGGGGGAAGCGGCGGAGGGGGGCCUCCGCGCCAGGUGUAUCAGCUGCCGCAGUACCGAGGGCGGGGCCGGAACAGCAGGCCGUACGGGCAGGCGGCGCAGAACCCGGAAGGAGUGGGCGCAGGGUCCGGAUUAGGAGCAGCAGGGCCGGGGCCGUCUGGGGGUUUAGAGAAUGGCGAAGCGGUGGGCGUGAGGCAGACGCACGCGAGCAACAGCAGCACGUCGUCGAGCCUGUCGCAAGAGGAGGAUAGCCAGGCGCGAAGGCAGCACGCGCAACAGCAGCAGGAGCAACCACACGACUUCAACGUUCAGCAGCAGAUGCUCCAGCAGGCAGAAGAGCAGCAGCAGACAGAGCAGCAGCAGCAGCAGCAGCAGCAACUGCAGGCGGAUGAGGAGGUUGCAAGCCAGCAGCACGAGCAGCAACAAUAUCCCGCAAGCACCCAGCAGAGCGAGGUUGACCGUCAGGAAGAAGAAGACAGCGAUCCAGUAGAUUUGAACGGGCAGCAGCAGCAGCAGCAGUUUGAGCAGCAGCAGAAGGAGCAGGGGCAGCAGGAGCAGGAGCAUGAGCAGCAAUCGCAGCAAUCGCAGCAGGAGCAGAGCGAGCAGUCAGAGGAAGAGAAAGAGGUGCAAGUGGACGCAGGCGAAGGGGGGGGCAGACAGGUGGAAAUCUCUGCCAUCGCCCUCUCCAUCCCCAGCAGUGAGGCCUCGCAACCCGGGGCCCAUCAGAAGGACGUGAAUCAGCAGGCGGAGGACGAGGGGCGGGCGCUGGUGGGCCUAGAGGAGGGCGAGCUGAGGGCGCUGGUGGCGCAGGCAGCAGCGGCGCGGGAGGCGGCGGUGCGGGCGGAGGUGGUGCGGACAGCGGCGCUCAUGGCGCGCGUGGAGGUGGGCCGAGCGAGGGCGGAGUUUGAGGCGGAGAGGCAGCAGCUGCUGGCGGCAGAAGAAGCUUUGAAGAGUCAACUGGCGAGUGCGCUGGAGGCAGUGCGGGGCGCGGAGGAGGAGAUGCAGCGUGUGAAGGAGAGGGCGGAGGAGGCGGAGCAGCAGGUGACGGCGCACCAGAACGAGAUCAAGGAACGGGUGUGGCAGAAGGAGGGGCUUAUUCGAGAGAAGAAUUCGGAAGUGGCCGCACUGAGGCGGGAGAGGGACGGGGCGGUAGCAGAGAGCAAGGCGCAGGCGAGUCAGAGGGAGGUGGAGAGGGCUGAUAUGACGGCUCAGAUGGAGAGGCUGCAGAGCCAAGUGGCGGACACAGAGCAGCGGCUCAGAGAAACGCAGAACCAGCUGCGGCUGGUGCAGGAGGAGCUGUGGCAGAAGGAGGAUGCAGUGAAGGAGGCGCAGGGGUGGGCGGCACACGGGCAGGACAUGGAGGCCCACGUGGCAGCGAUCACAGCAGCCAAUCAGAGCCUGCAUGGGGAGCUGAGGGAGCGCACGGACCAGUGCCACCACCUCUUUGCCGUCACGCACCAGCUCAGGCAGCAGCUAGCAGAGAGCGAGCGGUACCACGUGCAGCUGAUACAGCGCCUGCAGAUGGAAAACACCGACCUGCGCUCCCGGCUCGGCGCCCCCCCUGCUGCCGGCCCUGCUGCUGCUCCGGGUGGUGGUGCUGCUGCAGUGGCAGGUGUGGCAGCAGCAGCAGCAGCAGCAGCAGCAGGUGCUGGUACGGGCGCCACAGCGACUGCAGGAGGUCAGCCGGCAGCAGCAGCGGCGUUGGGGCCAUCUGGAGGGAGCGGUGCUGGGGGGAGCACAGGAGCAGGGACGGCGGCAGGAGGGGCCGUGCAGGGAGCUGUGGUGGCAAUGGGUGGCACGGGUGGUGCUGGGGCCAGCAAGGACGGGAAGAGCGAAGCAGCAGCUCCCCAGCCAGCUCAAGCCCGCCCUCCCAUGGUGCACCCAUACCUCAUGCGGCCGCCCAUGCCGCAUGCCUUCUACGCUGCCGGCAUGCAGCCCAUGCCUCUGCUCGGGCCUCAUUCCGUCUCCCCUCCAGCCCUGCACCCCGCACACCCGCACCCCUCCGCCCUCCCCCCUGGCGCCUACCCCCCUGCGGGCAUGCAAGGGCACGGAGCGCAGGUAGCAGGGUUGCAGGCAGGUUAUGCAGUUGCCCCCGGAGGCGUGGGGUUGCAGACACAGCAGACACAGCAGACACAGCAGACACAGCAGACACAGCAGACACAGCAGACACAGCAGACACAGCAGACACAGCAGACACAGCAGACACAGCAGACACAGCAGACACAGGUGCAGACACAGGAGCAGACACAGGGACAGGCGCCAAAAACACAGGGUCAGCAGCCAAGCCAGCAGCAGCAGCAGCAGCAGGCACAGUUAUUUCACCACAUCACGCACCCCAUGAGCGGCCAGCCUCUUGCCCUGGAGCCCAGUGCUCAGCAGCAGCAGCCCAACGGUGGGCCUCUCUCCCAACAGCAUGCCGCUGCCGGUAGCUCUGGGCCUGGGACCCGCAGGGGGGCAGGCGGCAACACUGCUGGUGGUACUGCGGAGAACAGCAGGGAGAGCGCCGGCAGCAGUAACCCUGGAGGUGGCUCCCGCAGCGGUGUAAUCCCCCCUGGUGAUGCAAGCUCAGCAGGCGCAUAUGCAAAUGGGCAUGUUGAUAACAGCACUGACAUUUCUUCCAACGAUAAUUCCAGCCCUCCGCCUGUCUCCUCCAGCAUCCCCAGCAACAGCAGUGCUGGUACCAACCUUGCAACCAGCACUGCCCCUGUUGCUUCCACUGUUGCCGCUGCCUCUGCCACUGAUACGUCUGCCGCCAAGCCUUCUGCUAUCCCGCGGAAGCUUGCUGCCAGCCCCAUCACGCAGCGGUCGCCGCCCCGAGGGGUGGAUGUCGGGCUGGGGGGCGUGGCGUACGUGCCAGAGAGGGAAAGCGGCGAGGAAUCAAGUGCAGCAGUGGCUUCAGCGCCAGCAGAUGGAGGGGCGGAAGUGAAAGCAGUGAUAGAGCCCCUGCCUGCGUCUGCUGUGCUGGGCGGAGGUGGCGCUGGAGGGGGGAGUGAGGGAGGGAGGACUGAGCGGGCUGCACCACCAAGCAUGGGAGCAACAGUGCAAGCACCAGCUGCUGCUGUGGCAUCUCCAGCAGCAGCAGCAGCAGCAGCAGUCCCUGCGCCCACACCAGUGCCCGUGCCUGUGAUGGCCCCUGCGAUGCCGCCAGGGGCGCGGCUGAUGGACGAGAGGGCGCUGCUGACGUGCAUCGUGCGCACGCUGGCAGCGGACACGGGCGCCAAGGCACUCAUCUCGUCCACCGUGCAGCCGCGCAUGGCGCGCCUGCUAGCGCCGCUGUCCUGGGCGCACUACGAGCCGUAUUACGGGUCGCUGCACCAAUUCAUUGCCUCCAAGCCUCAGCUGUUUGGCAUGGAGGGGUCAGAGCUCGUGUUCCUAAACUCCAACGCCCAUGCCAUAAUCGCCACCCUCCCUCUCAAACCCACCUUUCCUUCCCCCCAUCCCUCCUCCUCCAUCCCCUCCCCCGCCACCUCCCGUCCUCUUGCUCUCACCCCUGCCGCUCCUCGCCCCUCUAUCGCCCGCUCACCCCCGCCUGAUUCUGCCGCUGCUGCUGGUGCUGCGACUGCUGCUAGUGUUGGUGCUAACACUGCUGCUGCUGCUGCUGCUGCUGCUGGUGCGGGUAGAGAAAGAGGCUCUGGUGCUGACAGCGGGGUUGCAGGUGGUGGGGGUGCGGGAGGCAGUGAGGAGAGUGGGUUGCGUCGGGAGGUUGUCGGUCCGGGAGUGGAAGGGGUGGGACGAGGCAGUCGCCUCUGGUUUGCCAGUGCUGCUCGGUAAUUUCCAGGAGCUGGGAGCAACAUAUAUGCAGGGUUACAUCAAUCACCAGUACUGAGGGAGGGAAGGGGAUGGCUUGAUGGUUGAAGGGAAGGUUAGGGAUGGGUUGAAGCAGCUGCCUGUGGCUGGUUGAAAUAUGCUCGAUGAGUCAUCAGAUGUUGUAGAUACGUGCGUACAUGUGUUUUGCACUGCCCGUUUCUUUCAGCUGGCAUUAAUAGCCUCAGAAGGAGUCUUCACA